AAAAACAGGAAAGGAAAACAGAGAGGUAUCAACGUGUGGAACACAAUGGCAGGUGUCACAAUGAGAUAACAUUCAUCAGGAAAAGAAGCAAUCGUCACUUUACAACAGGGCUCUGCACUAUUUUUUUUUUCUAUGCAGGGUCUGAAUUGAAACUUGUUGGGCCUGUAUAACAUGUAUGAGGCUAAGACUUCAUGACUUAGAUUGUGAGUUUGUUCAUAUCACAGUGCUGACCUUAGGAUACACUAAUGUAGGUUCAUCCAACAGAUGGGAGUAUCAAUGUUACCGCAGUGAACCAGAUACAGACGCUACACUAUCAUUUGGUCGAUCGGCACCCAUCACAACAAACAGAUCACCACCAGUAGAUACGCUACACAGCAGAUAUUCAUUGGUCAGACAGGUCACAUUCCCUACAGGAGAUGGAUGGGAUAGAGAUGGUUUCGGUCCUUUCUACUGUGAGGCUUCUAAAUCCGCUCGAGAUGUUACAAGAGUUACUACAUUAUUCCAACGAAGUGAUGGUAAGUUUAAUAUUCCAUUCUUUAUAUCAAGUACAGGAUUUCCUUAGUUUUAAAGAUUUA